AUGGAGAUCCCACUCGCGUUUUAUCAGAGCUUAAGGUUAGACGAUACUCAGAGUAAUAGUCGUGACUCUAACUAUUCCGAUCCCAACGUUUUCAGUUUCCCGCGGUUUUCUCGAUACGAUUUCUCGAUCCGUCGAAGAAGAUGGAAAAACCCAUUCGCGAGAAUCACCUGUUCUUCUCUAGUUCAACGGCUGAAACCGAAUCGAAAGCUUAAACCGGAACCAAUUACAGAAACCGAUGAAUCGGAAGAUCCGGUUUUGGAUGAUACCCAGAUCAGGAUAUGUAGCCAGAUCGAAAAGUUCGUUUUGUGCAACAGGCUCAGAGAAGCGUUUGAGUUGUUCGAGAUUCUGGAGAUUCGAGGUAACGUUCGCGUUGGGAGUAGUACGUACGAUGCGUUAGUGGAAGCUUGUAUACGUCUGAGAUCGAUUCGGUGUGUGAAAAGGGUUUUAGGCUACAUGACGAGCAACGGGUUUGAGCCAGAGCAAUACAUGAUGAACAAGAUCUUGUUAAUGCACGUGAAAUGCGGGAUGAUUAUAGAAGCACGUAAGCUAUUCGACGAAAUGUCUGAGAGAAACUUUUUUACUUAUAACUCGAUUAUCUCUGGCUUCGUCAAUUUCGGUAACUAUUUAGAAGCUCUGAAGCUGUUUAAGAUGAUGUGGGAGGAGCUUUCCGGUUGCGAGACGCACACGUUUCCGGUGAUCCUCCGUGCCUCGGCUGGUUUAGGUUCGAUCCACGUUGGGAAGCAACUGCACGUUUGUGCGUUGAAGUUAGGAGCUGUUGAUAACACUUUUGUUUCUUGCGGGUUGAUUGAUAUGUACAGUAAGUGUGGAGAUGUUGAGGACGCGAGACGAGUUUUCGAUCACAUGCCUGAGAAGACGACGGUUUCUUGGAAUAACAUUAUAGCUGGUUACGCGCUCCAUGGAUUCAGCGAGGAAGCUCUGUUUUUGUUGUAUGAGAUGCGAGAGUCAGGUGCUUGUUUUGAUCAGUUCACGCUCUCGAUUAUGAUAAGGAUCUCCACAAGGCUUGCUAAGCUCGAGCUUACUAAGCAAGCGCACGCUUGUUUGAUUCGGAGCGGUUUCGAGUCGGAGAUCGUUGCGAACACGGCGCUUGUGGAUUUCUACAGCAAAUGGGGGAGAGUAGACACUGCAAGACACGUUUUCGAUCAGCUUCCGAGGAAGAACAUAAUCUUGUGGAACGCUUUGAUGGGUGGAUACGCGAAUCACGGUAGAGGAGCGGACGCGGUUAGCUUGUUCGAGAAGAUGGUAACAACCGCGAACGUCGCGCCGAACCACGUCACGUUCUUGGCGGUUCUAUCGGCUUGUGCUUACUCCGGUUUAUCAGAACGAGGGUGGGAGAUUUUCUUGUCGAUGGGAGAGGUUCAUGGGAUCAAACCGAGGGCGAUGCACUACGCUUGUAUGGUUGAGAUUUUGGGGAGAGACGGUUUGUUAGAUGAAGCAAUUGCUUUCAUCAGAAGAGCUCCUCUGAAACCGACGGUUAACAUGUGGGCGGCGCUUUUGAAUGCGUGUAGGAUGCAUGGGAACUUGGAGCUCGGAAGAGUGGUUGCUGAGAAACUCUAUGGAAUGGAGCCAGAGAAGCUUGGAAGCUACGUUGUGAUGUAUAAUGUGUAUAAUAGUAUGGGGAAAACCGCGGAAGCCGCGGGGGUUUUGGAUGCGUUGGAGAGCAGAGGUUUGAGAAUGAUGCCUGCUUGUUCUUGGGUUGAGGUUGGAGAUCAGAGUCACAGUUUUCUUUCAGGAGAUGAGUGUGAGUCUUACAGUGAGACGACGAAAAGGCAAAUAUAUCAGAAGGUUGAUGAGCUAAUGGAAGAGAUAACAGAGUAUGGGUACUGUGCGGAGGAGAGAAGCCUUUUACCAGACGUGGAUGUAACUGAAGGAGAGGAGCGAGUAGUGAGGUAUCACAGCGAGAAGCUUGCGAUAGCUUAUGGAUUGGUGAACACGCGAGAAUGGAAUCAGUUGCAGAUAACUCAGAACCAUAGGAUAUGUAAAGAUUGUCACAAGGUGGUUGAGUUUAUAUCUUUGGUUACGGGAAGAGAGAUUGUAGUGAGAGAUGCGAGCAGGUUUCAUCAUUUCAAACAGGGGAAGUGUUCUUGUGGAGGUUAUUGGUGA